AUGAUCUCCACCCUUCCAUGCACAGAGAACCAGGAGGCGAUGCAAGUGCUGAGGUACAGGGACGGGCAGGAGUAUGGGGCACACUGGGACUACAUCGACCCUGUCAAGGCACCCACCCCAGGGGGCCCUCGCUACGCCACAGUGCUCAUGUACCUCAGUAAUGUGGAGAAGGGCGGUGAAACCGCCUUCCCUGAGUCUGAGGAGGACACUGUAGUGAAGGAUGACUCGUGGAGUGACUGUGGGAAGAAGGGCAUUGCUGCCAAGCCCAGAAAGGGAGAUGCGCUGCUCUUCUUCUCCCUCCACCCAGACACAUCCUUUGACCGAUCCUCCCUCCACGCGGGCUGCCCCGUGCUGGCCGGGGAGAAGUGGUCCACCACCAAGUGGAUCCACGUGGGGAGCUUCGACCUGCCGCCCCGUGAUGCAUCUGUGUGUGCGGACGACAACGAGAAUUGCGCGCACUGGGCGAGCAUUGGGGAGUGCGAGCGCAACAGGGCGUACAUGCAGCAGCAGCAGCAGCAGCAGCAGCAGCAGCAGCAGCAGCAGCAGCAGCAGCAGCAGCAGCAGCAGCAGCAGCAGCAGCAGCAGCAGCAGCAGCAGCAGCAGGCAGCACUGGGCGAGCAUUGGGGAGGGUUGCGUGACCUCCCCUUUGGCCCUGCCCCUGUCGCAUCUGCAGCAGCAGCAGCAGGAGCAGCAGCAGCAGCAGGAGCAGCAGCAGCAGCAGGAGCAGCAGCAGCAGCAGGAGCAGCAGCAGCAGCAGCAGGAGCAGCAGCAGCAGCAGCGGCGGCAGCUGCAGUUCAGGCAGGGGCAAGAGAGAAGUAG